UAUUAGAAAAUUGUAUAAUUUUAAAAAUAAGAAUGAACGCAGAUUACGAUUAUUUGUUCAAAAUCCUCCUUAUUGGUAAUUCAGGAGUUGGUAAAUCCUCUCUUCUCUUGAGAUUCUCUGAUGAUACAUUCACUGGUAAUUUUAUGCCAACUAUCGGAGUCGACUUUAAGAUCAGAACCUUAGAAGUUGACGGAAAGACCAUUAAACUCCAGAUUUGGGAUACUGCUGGACAAGAGAGGUUUAAAACAAUCACCAGCUCUUACUAUAAAGGUGCCCAUGGUAUUAUUGUAGUUUAUGAUGUGACCGAUAAAGAAUCAUUCAAGAAUAUUGAUACUUGGAUGAACGAAAUCGAAAAACAUGCUUCAGAUAACGUCAGUAGAAUUCUAUGUGGAAAUAAGUCAGAUCUAGAAGACUCAAGACAAGUUUCUACAGAUGAAGGAAAGGAACUUUCUGACACCUAUAAUAUUAGGUUCAUCGAAUCAUCCGCUAAAGAAAACGCAAAUGUAGAAGAAGCUUUUACUUUAAUGACAAAAGAAAUUAAGAGCAGAGUAGUGCACACCGAGGCUAAGAAACCAAUGCAAACUCAAGGAAAGAAACUCAGUGCCAAAUCCAAGAGUGUAGGCAAGAAAAAGAAAGGCGGAUGCUGCUAAUUAGUGCUAAAUUACACAUACACAGA